UACUCACGGAAAGAAGUCAAUGUUAAGUGUUAUUACUGCUCCAUUUAUACCGACGGGUGAUUCUUGCUCAAAACUUAUACACAUUUCUUUGUGCUUAGAUAAACCCUAAGCCAGAAUUAGCGCCGACACCCGUCACCAAAGAAUAAACCUCCGCCACCUCCUCCGCCGCAUUUCAUCAUUAAAACAAUACUAAACAGAACAAACACAACCCCAAUUUCGCCGGCACCACCUCAAAAUUUCAAACGCACACAAAUAAACAAACAAUGGCCGGUGGUCGAUUCCGCGAGCUGAUGAAAAAGUACGGCAAAGUAGCGAUUGGCGUUCACCUCUCCGUUUCAGCAGCUUCCAUCACCGGUCUCUACGUCGCCAUUAGAAACAACGUCGACGUUGAAGCCAUCCUUGAGAAGUUCCACUUGGGUGCAGCCUCUUNCGAUGAAAACCCUAAUUCUGAUACCGACUCUUCCUCUUUGCCGUUGAAGAAUCGCACGGCACAGAUGGCGGCUUCCGCCGGCGGUGCGUUUACACUAGCUUUACUAUGCAACAAGGCUCUGAUCCCUGUUCGGGUUCCAAUUACUAUAGCACUCACGCCCCCGAUUGCGAGGUUCUUGGCGAGGAGGAACAUUGUGAAGACUGGUGUAUGAAAAUGCGUUUUGGUAUGUGUUGUAUUUCUUGAUUGUUAUAAGGAUUACAAUAACGAUGAGUUAGAAUUGUAUAACAUUUUGCCUCGUUGGUUUUUUGUGAUUAUUGAUGAGACCUGAAGGUGGAAUAAUGAGAAGGGGGUUUUCAAUUAGAAAAGUUCCUGGUAUAUAUAUGUUUUAUGCUUGGUUGUUAGUUUCCUUUGUUGAUUGUGGCAAUUUGAAUUUGAUUGGUUUUCCGAAUUUUUAUGAAGAUUGGUUGUUAGUUUUUGUA